AUGCCCCUCUUUCCCGCCGACCACGAGGAGGACGAGGAGCUGCGUGAGGGGAAGCUGCGCUUCAGGGGCGGCAGGGAGGAAGCCGCCACCUACGACGGCCCGGACGAGGAGGAUGCGGAGGCGGCCGCCGCGGCGGAGCGCGAGCUGCGGCGGCGGCGCGGCGACCUGGACGACGCCCUCGGGCAGAUCCCCGAUACGGCCGCAGACGGGCAGCAGCAGCAGGGGCAGCAGGGGCAGCAGCAGCAGCAGCAGCAGCAGAAGCGGCGCAAGGGGGCGUCGGCGGCGGGGGGCUUUGGGUCGAGUGUGCAUGAGGGUGCAUACGUGUGUGAGGCGGAGCUGACCCUGGGGCUGCGUGCGCCCAAGCUGCUGAUGCUGGAGCUCGCGGAGCGCGUGCCGGGCAUUGAGCGUGUGCACAUCCUGGAGGGGGAGAAGGGCGGCCCACCGCGCAUCCAGACGGAGGGCAUCAACUUCGUGGGUGUGUGGGAGCAGGCGUCCCUGCUGGACGUGGACAAGCUCAUGACCAAUGACGUCCACGCCAUGCUCGUCACCUACGGCGUCGAGGCCGCGCGCGCCACCAUCCUCAAGGAGGCGUCCGCUGUGUUUGGUGCCUACGGCAUCGGCGUCGACCCCCGCCACCUCAGCCUCAUCGCAGACUUCAUGACCCACACCGGCGGCUACCGCCCCUGCAACCGCAUGGGCAUAGACUCGUCCACCAGCCCCCUCCUUAAGAUGAGCUUCGAGACCGCGGCGCGAUUUUUGACGGACGCCAGCCUGGCGGGCGCGACAGACCCCCUCAAGUCGCCCGCGGCGCGGCUGUGCGUGGGGCAGGUGACCGAGGUGGGCACCGGCUGCUGCGACGUGCUGAUGGCGGUGUGA